AUGGGUGGGUGGGGCUGCUGGACAGGUGGGGCUGCUGGACAGGUGGGGCUGCUGGACAGGUGGGGCUGCUGGGCAAGUGGGGCUGCUGGACAGGUGGGGCUGCUGGACAGGUGGGGCUGCUGGACAGGUGGGGCUGCUGGACAGGUGGGGCUGCUGACAGGUGGGGCUGCUGCAGGUGGGGCUGCUGGACAGGUGGGGCUGCUGGACAGGUGGGGCUGCUGGAUGGGUGGGGCUGCUGGACAGGUGGGGCUUCUGGACAGGUGGGGCUGCUGGACAGGUGGGGCUGCUGGACAGGUGGGGCUGCUGGACAGACCAGCGCGCGCCCCUGCAGAGCAGCCCGCGCCACCCUGCAGAGCAGCGUGCGCCCUUGCAGAGCAGCCCACGCCACCCCGCAGAGCAGCGCACGCCCCUGCAGAUCAGCACGAGCCACCCUGCAGAGCAGCGAGCGCCCCUACAGAGCAGGCCGUGCCACCCGUCAAACCAGCGCGCGCCCCUGCAGAGCAGCGCGCGCCCUUGCAGAUCAGCACGCGCCCCUGCUGA